AUGAGAUUAAUUCGUACUCUAUUUAUCACGACGACUUUAUUCGCACAUAAUUUCCUCGGUGUGCUCACAAAUAAUGUUUAUAAUGAUUGGCUCAGUUUUGGUGGUCCUGGUUUAGAUAAUAAUCGCAAUGCCGUUGGCGAAAGAAACAUCUCUCCCAAUAAU